UACAAACCAUACAAAUCCUCAAAGACAAAAAAUGAAGGCCUAUACCUUAAUUCUCUCCUUAGCUUUCUUGCUUGGAACCUCCUUAGCAGAACAAUGUGGAAGUCAGGCAGGUGGAGCUGUAUGUCCAAAUAGGCUAUGUUGUAGCAAAUUUGGCUGGUGUGGCAGCUCAAAUACCUACUGUGAGACUGGCUGCCAGAGCCAAUGUACAACCUCCAACCCGACCCCGUCCCCGACACAGAGCGGCAGCGAUGUCGGCAGCAUCAUCAGUGGCCCUCUUUUCGACCAGCUGCUCAAAUAUCGAAACGAUGGGCGAUGUAAAAGCAAUGGAUUCUACCUAUACAAUGCUUUCAUCGCUGCUGCUCGAUCUUUUGGUGGCUUUGGCACAAAUGGUGAUGCUAUUGCACGUAAAAGGGAGAUUGCAGCUUUCUUGGCUCAAACCUCUCAUGAGACCACAGGAGGAUGGGCAAGUGCACCAGAUGGCCCAUAUGCAUGGGGUUAUUGCUUUGUUACGGAAACCAACAAGCAAGCCUACUGUACGCCGUCCGGUCAAUGGUCGUGUGCUGCCGGCAAACAAUACUAUGGAAGGGGACCGAUUCAACUCACUCACAACUACAACUACGGGCAAGCAGGCAAAGCCAUUGGAGUUGAUCUCAUAAGCAAUCCAGAUCUGGUAGCCACCGAUGCAACAAUAUCAUUCAAGACAGCCAUAUGGUUUUGGAUGACCCCACAGGGAAACAAGCCGUCUAGCCAUGAUGUCAUCAUCGGAAAAUGGACACCGUCCGCUGCGGACAGGUCAGCUGGUCGGGUUUCGGGCUAUGGAGUGAUCACCAACAUAAUCAACGGUGGGUUGGAAUGUGGGCGUGGUGCUGAUAGUAGAGUGGCUAACAGGAUCGGGUUCUACAAAAGGUACUGUGACAUAUUGGGAGUAAGCUACGGGGACAACUUAGACUGUAACAGUCAGAGGCCUUUUGCCUAAGCUACUUAGCUGCUAUGACUCCAAGGCAAAUAAAGGUUCAAAAAAGUAUAAUAAGGAGACAAUAAACCCUACGUAAUUGGAGAGAUUUUCUUGUACAAUGAGAAAGUUUCUACAAUAUUACUGCUGAAUAAAGAAGUCUUAAGAGUUUUAAUAAACUUGAAUUUUGGAGGUGCAGCUUACA